AUGUUGCGACGCAAUCGCACCCUUACUGGGUGUGGAACCUGUCGCAGGCGCCAUGUGAAAUGCGACGAAACUCGCCCGAUCUGCCAAAAAUGCCAGCAACAAGAUCUUGAGUGUCUUGGAUACGAGCGCCAAUUGUGCUGGGUCGACGAUGAUGCCAAUAACGACACGGUCCGGAUCUAUCGCCGCCCAUUGUUCUCCGUGGCGGACCAGCGGAGAAUGACACAAAUGACGAUAGAUAGUCUUGGCCAACAGUCCGCCAGUACUGCGUUGACAAUACUGGAGAGCGGAAACGAGGGUUCGCUUCAAGGUCCAUUCGGUGUAUUGGACAUGGCGCUGCGCGAGGCGUCUCUUGACACUGCAAUUACUUCACAAUCAGAUUUUCCGCCCCACGAGUUCGAGAUGGAUGCGAUCUGGCAAUCAUUGGAUACGGAAUCCGCUACCCCCGGGGAUACUCACUUUUUGGCUGGGUUGUAUGAUCUGGUCGAGGAGUCUCAGAACACAAAUGCCGUAAACACACUGAUGCAGCUCGAACAUUUACCUCAUGACCUUCGCAUACCUCUUGCAGAAGGCCUGGGAGGAAGCCCCGACGAAAUCGUUUUUCAGCAAUCUUUAACGACUCUGAGCCCUAGCCCUUCACCCGGACUUCAAGAAAUCAAGCGUAUGCCUCCACUAGCGCCUGAUCUGCUCCGCUAUUUCAAGGAGAACGUCCAAUCUCUAUCUUUCCCUUUGAGGAAUUCCAUGAAGUGCCCCUGGCAGGGAAUCUAUCUGCCUAGUGCAAUGAGCACAUUUGCGGAGCUCAGCAUUAACCACACUGCUAGCCAUACUAGGCUAUCUUUAUUCUAUUCCCUUCUCGCUGCGAGCUGCCUCCACAUGUAUGCACGAAACGAAUCUGCCGAGGACUUGAAUGUAUCGGGGAAGAGAUUCAAAGAUAUAGCCGCCCAGCAUUUAGGAUUGGCUAUGAAUAAGGAGGUUUUGGGACCAGGAAGGGCCAAAUAUAAGGAAAUACUAGUUGCCACUUUGUCAAUGGUUAUGCUCUCGAUCUUUCACGGAGAGAAUUCAAAUGCACAGGCUUUCCUCGUUGACGCAGAAUAUCUAAUUCGCAUACGUGGUCUCCCAAAAUCACACCAGUCGGUUAAGGUCCGAUCUUUGCAUCACGUAUACACCUAUAUACGGAUUAUGGCCGAAAGUACAUGCGGAUGUGCUCUUCUCAACAUCUGUCCAGACCGGCCCAGCUCCAGCUUACUCUCGAUUGAGUCUUCCCCAAUCUCCCUAAGAAGCUUCCGUAUGGUACACAACGGCCUGGAUGGGGAGAUUGACAUCGCGUUGGAGAAAAGCAAGAAGAUCGGCCAGAAUGAUAUCCACCUGGAAAUAAUGGGCCAGUGGAACGAGACGCUGUUCGAAGAUAUUUAUGGAAUCCCGGAAUCUUUAUUGGCUCUCCUAUCGCAGGUAAUUCGUCUGGCUAACGAACAAGAACUACUCCACAGAGGUCCAACUGUGGAUGUACGCGUUACGGAAGAAUUAAAGCGGCGAGCGAGCGCUCUUGAACAGUACAUCCUGUCAUGGGAACCGCCAUUUACCCCUCUCUCGGCGAGAGACGACGAGGGCAGCGAGAACCAGGCGACCUACUUCAAAGCCCAAGCGAUGCACCAGGCUUUGAUCUUGUUUUACUAUCGUCGCAUUCCCAAUAUCAGCGCAUGGAUCCUUCAAGAUACUGUCCGAAAGUGUUUGGACUUCUUGGCGCGCAGCGAUAACGCCCAUUUGGGAAGCGCAACCAGUGAUAAAACGAUAAUCUGGCCUGGGUUUGUGGCGGCCUGUGAAGCACUGGAACCUGACCUGCAGUACAAAUCACUGGACUGGUUAAUUACUGCCGGGAAUCGGACGUCUCUGGGGCCCUUCUCUGCGGCCGCCGGAACUGCACAAUGUGUCUGGAAGGCGCGAGCAGAGGCGAAGGAUUAUACACUGAGCUGGUUUGAUGUUAUGAAACAUGAGAGAUGCCCUAUCAUUGCGACAUGA